AUACUGCUUGUUUGGCGAUACUGUCAGCAUGGCAUCCAGACUGGAAAAAUGUAGUUUACCUGGAAAAAUACACUGUAGCGAGAAAACCUAUAAAUACGCUACACAGACAGGAAGAUUUGAGUUUACCAAUCGAGGAAGAGUUUUCAUCAAAGGAAAGGUAAAGAUGCAGUUUAUGACAGUUGAAAGGCGGUCCGGUGAUGUGGAGACAUAUUUUCUGAUACGAAGCACAAAGAAAAGCAACACUAUUGACGGAUAUGAAGAACUGGAGACGGGAAUGCCUGUGUCCGAACAACAACAAACUGUCAUUUUGCCACCUGUGGCUGAAAAGUCGAAGACAUGCAGCAUCUCCUGAUU